AUGAUUUCUAUUCAAGAAGUAAGCUCUGCUAAAGGGAAAUUGACCACUGUCGAAGACGCUAAUUUACAUCUGAGAAACAAUCCCAAUGGAUGUACGGUUCAUGAAGCCUUAGCUCCUAUUGUCUUCAUUGGCCAACUGUUUUCAUUGAUGCCAAUCAAUGGAUAUUUCCGGAAACCAGUUUCAAAGUUGAAAUUCACGUUAAAAAGCUUGCGUUUUGUAUACAGUUGCCUCACAACACUAAUCAUGAGUGCAAUAAUUUCCAUGUUCUUGGCAUAUCGCAUUCACCGAGGAACCAUCGGACUUGGAGCAACUGCUACCUUUAUAUACUACGCCGUGACCAUCAUGGCAAUGAUAGAAUUCAUUAUCCUGGCGCAUAAUUGGCCCUCCAUCAUGCAACGCUGGACUGGUGACGAGCAGUUGUUUUUGUUCUAUCCCUACGAAACGGGCAAGUGUCUCCCGCUGGAUUCGCUCGUGAAGCGUGUGGCAUUCACAAUGUUUUUCUUUGCCUUCGUCGAGGAUACGAUAAAUUUUAUUUCGGCCUACCAAUUGAACGUCGUCCAUAUGAAGUACUGCCCCCAUGCAAGUGAUUUCUGGCGCAACUUCUUCCGUCGAGAGCAUCCCUACAUUGUGCGGUUCAUUCCAUACCAUCCCGUGUUGGGGGUGGCCAUUGAAGCUACGAUGCGGGUGGCGAAGUUCACGUGGCAUUACAUGGAUGUGUUCAUUAUUUGCGUGUCAUUGGCAUUACAGCGACGCUUCGAACAGUACAACGAUAGGAUAAGGUCUUUCAAUGGAAAUCAACAACCGCAGGAAGUAUGGCGAGCUUUGAGGUUAAAUUUUCUGCGACUGAGUGAACUGGUGACAUACCUAGAUACAAAGUUGUCCAGAAUUAUUCUGCUAUCAUGUGCGAAUGACAUGUUCUUCAUUUCAGUUCAACUGUACAACAUUUUUGACCCCAAACAAACUGUUGUCACAACAUUCUACUAUUGGUACUCGUUGCUGUUUCUCAUCAGCCGGUGUUUCACAAUGCUGUAUGUGUCAUCGUCCAUCUAUGAAACGUCGUUAAAACCACUGGAGCUAUUGCGCGACUUUGCAACGUCAAGCUGGAACCUUGAUUUACAGCGAUUAUUGGAUCACGUAUCGCUGAAAAGCAUUGCCUUUUCUGGAAAACGAUUUUUCUUUAUCACGCGCCCUCUGAUACUUGCUAUGGCCGGUACCAUCAUUACAUAUGAGCUAGUGCUGUUGGAUCAAGUAGCAAAAGACCAAGACACGACAAAGGAUUGUGAUUUUUAAUGUUUAUUCGUUCAAAUCGAUUGACAUUGUAUAAAUUUAUCGGGUUU